AGGGUUUAAAUACAAUGCGUAUAUAUUAAAAUUUUAUUUAUUUCUGUGCAUUAUUCAAGACGUCAACUUUCAUUUCACUUCCGUGUCAGAGAAAACUUCCAAAAUUCGUGUUGACUGACCAGAGUCCACGGAUUUUUCACUUAAACCAAAAAAUAAAGCCUAAAUUAAGAAACCACCAUGACUGAGAAACACAGCUUCGGUGUGGAACCUAUCAGCUGUCACUCGUUUAGCCAAAACCGUCAGCAGCUGGCCAUCUCGCAUAAUGAUAAUGAUGUGAACAUCUACAACAAGAGUGGGAAAUUCUGGGCAGUUUCCGGCAAACUGAAGGAGCAUGGGCAAAGGGUCACUGGAAUUGACUGGGCCCCAAAGACCAAUGUCAUUGUCACUUGUGCAGCGGAUCGGAAUGCCUAUGUUUGGAAGCUGGUCAAGGAUGAGUGGGUGCCUACUCUUGUUAUUCUGAGAAUCAACCGAGCUGCUACCUGUGUUCGCUGGUCUCCGCAAGAGAACAAGUUUGCGGUGGGUAGCGGUGCUCGACUGAUCUCCAUCUGUUACUUUGAGGAGGAGAAUAACUGGUGGGUGAGCAAGCACAUCAAGAAGCCCAUCCGCUCGACCAUCACCAGUCUGGACUGGCAUCCCAACAAUAUCCUGAUAGCUGCCAGCUCUACUGACUUCAAGGCCAGAGUAUUCUCUGCCUAUGUGAAGGAGGUUGAGCCAAAACCCUCGUCAACCAGCUGGGGACCAAAGAUGACCUUCGGUAACUUGAUGAAGGAGUUCUCCUCUGGAGGAGGUGGCUGGGUUCAUUGUGUGUCAUUCUCUGACUCUGGUGAGAAGCUUGCCUGGGUCGGACAUGACUCCAGUAUCGCCAUUGUGGAUGCUGCUAAUGACUGCGCGUUGUCUGUCAUCAAGGGAAGCUUCCUGCCGUUCUAUGGAAUCACCUGGAUUACAGAGAACAGCAUGGUAGCUGUGGGUUUUGAUUGCUCCCCAAAGCUGUUCAGCCAUGCAGGCAGUGAGAUCAAGUUUGUCCACGACCUUGACGUCCCCAAGCAGGCUGACGAAAGCAAGAUGACUGCCAUGAGUCGCUUCAAGAACCUGGACAAGAAAGGAACAGCUGGUGGCGACACGUUGACCACACUCAAGACUCAGCACCAGAACACAAUCAUGCAAGUGUCCGUGUAUGAGGGAUCAAAGGCCAAGACGACCAAGAUUGCAACUUCCGGGAUCGACGGGCAGCUCAUUAUUUGGGACCUGAAGACCCUGGAGAGCUCCAUGGCUGGUCUGAAGAUAGCCUAGAUGCAACAGUCAGGCCGUGACAUUUUUGCUGCGACAGGAAAAGCUGAAAUAUUGACUAAACAUACUAAACAUACCUUUUAACCUUCCUUAAUAUCUACCAUCGACUUUCUUAUUUCAUGUUUUAUGUUGGUGCAAUGUUUUCAGAGAUUUUUUGAUGUUUGUGAUUGUGUAAAGACAUCUUUUUUGUUACCGGUAUUGACUUUUUCUAUAGUGUAAAGAAACCUGUUUUGUUAUUGACUUUUACAUUUUACAUCAUGUUUUCUAUGCAAAACUUUCUUGUAACCGGAUAAUCAUUGUUGCAUUUCAUCCUUAUCAUAUGAACAACUUUAUGUAAUAAAAAUAAAUUGGGAAAAACA